AUGAAAUUCACUUAUGCUGGCCUAAGCGGCCGUUUCCUAUUACUAUGCCUCGGACUACUUCUCUGCUCACUCCCCGGCUUCGCAUACGAAAAACUCUCAGAUGACACCCUAAAAGCUAUUCCCCGACCAGGGCAUGACUUUAAUAUUCACAAUGGUGCUAUCUUGGCACCGAUCCUCCGAACGCGUGUUGCUGGCACACCAGGUCAUGAUGCCGUUCUCGAACACCUGGUGACCUUUGUUCGAACCAUGUUACCGAAAUGGGAGCUUGAAUUUCAGAAUUGCACAUCACAAACACCUGCCUCAGCGGGAAAGCAAGUGCCCUUUGUAAAUGUCAUCGCUUAUCGGGACCCCCCUGGCACUUCGGUGGGAGAUGUUGGUCGAUUGACGUUUGUUGCUCACUAUGACAGCAAAUUGACACCGACUGGAUUCAUCGGAGCGAUUGACAGUGCAGCGCCAUUGGCGAUGAUCAUGCAUGCUAUGCGCAACAUUGAUGACGCUUUGGAUAAGAAGUGGGCUGCGAUGAAAGCGCAGGGAAUUGAUACCUCUCUUGAAGAACAGCGGGGAAUCCAGCUUCUGUUCCUUGACGGUGAGGAAUCAUUCCACAGGUGGACUGAUACAGACUCUCUAUAUGGGGCGAGAUCCUUGGCAGCUCAGUGGGACAAAGAGAAGUACCAAGCCAUGUCCACCUUCAAGACAAGACUUUCGUCCAUCUCGCUCUUCGUUCUUUUGGACCUGCUAGGCUCCAAAGGACCCACCAUCCAGUCGUUUUAUGAAACCACUCACUGGGCAUAUCAAGGUAUUAGUUCCCUGGAGCAACGACUCCGCUCAUUGGGGAAUUGGAAGUCUUCGUCAGCUUCAUGGUUCAUUGACGCGUCCAGGGACUCACACCAUAUAAAGCCUUCGAGUCCGGUGGCAGAUGACCACCUUCCAUUUCUGGCACGAGGUGUUGAGAUUAUGCAUCUAAUAGACUUUGCCGCCUUUAAGGGGUUCCCUUCGGUCUGGCAUACAAUGGACGAUGAUGGAGAGCAUCUAGAUAUGGACACUGUUGAGGAUUGGAGUGUCCUUAUUUCCGCUUUCGCGGCUGAGUGGAUGGAGCUUGAAGGGUAUCUUGACCAUGGCCACCCCACUGAUGUGAAAGCGCGGCAGGAGGAAGAGCCGAAAUGGGAGGCUAAUCGUCUAGACAGGCAGACCGAAUUGUAA